CGUUCGUUCACUCCUCUCCCUCCCUUUUGCCAUGCUCUAUGCGGUCCCUGUUCCGCUAGAAUGAGCUGCUGGGGUAUGAGCUCACCCCUUGAGCCAUAGUGACCGUAGUUGUGGUUUAUUGGUUUAGCUCUUUGCUAGCAGCUCGCUCCUGGGCGCUGUGCACCGGUGUUUGGCGGCGCAUCUUCAGCUUCCGCCAUGGCUCUGGUUACUCUUCAGCGGUCCCCGACUCCCAGUGCCGCGUCUUCGGCCAGCACUGCUACUACGGCCGCGGGGGAGGACUUUGGUAGUGAUGAUGAAAGACGAGCCAACCAGAGUCUAAGUGAGAGCUUCUUCAUGGUGAAGGGGGCUGCCCUUUUCUUGCAGCAGGGCAGCAGUCAUCCAAACCAGAAAAGUCAUCCUCAAUACAAACAUGCAGGUGAUCUUCCUCAGCACCUGCAGGUGAUGAUAAAUAUUCUCCGCUCAGAGGACAGAAUCAAACUGGCAGUGCGGCUGGAGAGCGCAUGGUCUGAUCGAGUGAGGUACAUGGUUGUUGUGUACACCAGUGGUCGACAGGACACGGAGGAAAACAUUUUACUGGGAAUUGACUUUACCAACAAAGAUUGUAAAAGCUGUUCAGUAGGCAUGGUUCUACCUUUGUGGAGUGAUGCAAAGAUUCAUCUGGAUGGAGAUGGGGGUUUCACAGUGAGCACAGCAAAUAGGACUCAUGUUUUUAAACCUGUGUCCGUGCAAGCCAUGUGGUCGGCACUCCAGGUGUUGCACAAAGCGUGCGAGGUGUCACGCCGAUUCAACUACUUCCCGGGAGGAAUGUCCCUCACCUGGACAGGCUACUAUGACAGUUGUAUUUCAUCGGAACAGAGCUGCAUCAAUGAGUGGAAUGCCAUGAAGGACUUGGAGACAACAAGACCGGAUUCUCCAAUCAUGUUUGAUGACAAGCCUACACAGAGGGAAAGAACAGAAUGUCUCAUUAAAUCUACACUCAGAAGCAUUAUGACAUGCCAAGAUCUGGAGAACGUGACUUGUAAACAGAUCCGCACAGAGUUGGAGCAGCACAUGAACUGUAACCUCAAAGAGUAUAAAGAGUUUAUUGACAAUGAAAUGCUGCUGAUAUUGGGUCAGAUGGACAAAGCCACUCUCAUCUUUGAUCAUGUUUACCUGGGAUCUGAAUGGAAUGCAUCUAAUUUGGAGGAGCUUAAAGAAACAGGGGUGGGCUAUAUUCUCAAUGUUACUAGGGAGAUUGAUAACUUUUUUCCUGGUACAUUUAAUUAUCACAAUGUAAGAGUCUAUGAUGAAGACUCCACUGACCUCUUGGCCCAUUGGAAUGACACAUACAACUUCAUUGUCAAAGCAAAAAAGAAUCACUCAAAAUGUCUUGUCCACUGUAAGAUGGGUGUCAGCCGAUCAGCAUCCACUGUCAUUGCAUACGCAAUGAAGGAAUAUGGUUGGUCGCUAGAGAAAUCUUACAAUUUUGUUAAGCAGAAACGAAGUAUUACACGUCCAAAUGCUGGUUUUAUGAAACAACUAGCGGAAUAUGAAGGCAUUUUGGAUGCCAGUAAACAACGGCACAAUAAGCUGUGGCAGCCAGGCUUGGACUGUGAGAUGUCUGAAGGGAUGCUGGUCACAGGUCAGUGUGAAGCAGACGAGCACGUGAUGCCGGAGCCGUCCAUGUCUCCUUGCUGUGAAGAAGCGCUGUCAGAUAAAGGGGCUGCUUGUCUGCCACGCCCUACUGUUUCUCUACAAAUUGACCCAGCCUAUAACAAUUAUUAUUUUCGCCGACUAUCAGACUCGGCACUAGAUAGUGAACCCUCAACCCCAGUGCGUGGACCUCCCCUUUUGGGUAUGGAAAGGGUGUUCAUAGAGAUUGAAGAUGUGGAGCGGGACGCAUUACUGGACGAUGAGUCUUUUGUUGGACAAGAAGGCCUGCCCCUGUCACACUUUGGGCCCUCAGCUGAGUGCACCUCUGCUCAAACAGGCAGCCGUGGGGCUGAGCCUCUGGAAGAACUACGCAAGAGGCUAGAGUGUAGUACAGUGGAAGAGGAGGAUGAGGAAGAAGCACAAAAGGAAGAAGCAGAAAUGGAGGUGCUUAUGCAACCAGAAAAAGAAAGUGAGAGAACGGAAGGAGACAGUGAUGGAAAUGGGAUGGACCUAGCAGCAAUGAAUGACAACUCAAACAACAACAACUUUUUGAGCUUACCACCCAACCCCACUGACUGUAUUUCAGAAAGACUGGUUCCAUCUGUUGAUUGCUGUGAAUCCAUGGACUCUCCCUCCCUGACUACACUUUGCCUUAACUGGAGUCCUAGCAGGGUCUUUAGUGCUUCAGUCUGUUCUGUCCAGUCUACCUCUGAGGGCUUUGCGUCCCCAGCCGGUGAGGUUGGUCCCUGGUGUAAAUGUGCCAACUGUGCCCUCUCGCCUAAUGGAACUCAUGAUGACAAAAAAGUUAAAUCUCAAAAGUCUGAGAGUAAGAUGAGGCAUACAGCUGAAGAUUUUUCUGAGACUUUGCCCAAACUUAUGAAGCUGGAUUAUCAAGAGGAGAAGCUUGCGCUAGCCUAUCCGGGACAACAACAGGAGACUCUUGUGCAACUUAGAAAGUCUGGCUUGGUUCGCCGCCGUGCUGAAAGACUAGAAAGACUUUCUGGGUUAACUCAAGAACAUUUGUCACCCCUGAAGCCUUUGCACACAUGUCAAAUGUCCAAAAAGAUCUCCUUUCAUUCUGGUGAAGAGGAGUUUUCUUGUGUCACAGGAGAUUUCUCCUCAACGCCAUGCCAUCGCCAAGUGCAUUUAGAGCCAUUGCUGUUGCCAUUGAACAACGAGGCCUUGAUGGGGUUAGUGGAUUCUGGUUUGCUCACACCAGCCUCCUCUCCUCGUGGCUCCACAUUGACGCGCAGCUCCAGCAGUGAGAGUCUGAGCAGUGUCAAAGGCAGGCCCGGUCUGGUGCGUCAGAGAGCACAGGAAAUAGAGACCCGCAUGCGCCUUGCCGGCCUAACACUGCCCUCAAAGCUGAAACGCUCCAACUCGCUGGCCAAAUUAGAUGGCCUUAACUUCUCCUCUGAAGACCUAUGUUCAGGUUGUUCAUCUGAUGCAGGGACACUGUUGCUACUCUCUCUGUCUCAUGAACAAGAGUCUGGUCUAAAGUGGCACUCCAACCCUGCCUCAACCUUCUCUGAGCUAUGCAAGGAGUAUCAAAGUCCAGAGAAAAGACUAGCCUGGGAGCCACACAGCUGACAGGGAAGCCAAUGGACACACUCAUUCUUGUUUUGAUAGACUUUGUAGGACAAGAACAUUAAAAUAAGUCAUAAAUAAAACCUUUCAAGCUAAACUGUAUACCACCCUGUUAUUUAUCAAAUGGUGGUCAUACUGAGUGCUUGAGUGGUCAUAUUGCUGUUAUCUGACAAAUGUGUAAUGCCAUCAGUACUGAUUCAUAGACAAACAAGUGCCUUGCCCCAGAUGCCAGAGGCACACACCAUAAAUGGGAGAAUUAAAGGAUCUACAGAUUUAUUACACAGCUGUUAUGUAUGUUGCUGUAUACAUUAAUUGGAACAUCAUAUUACCUUCUUACUUGGUUGCCUACUUUUACCUAAUGAACUGUGAACACUAUUGCAAGUCAAGUGUUGUUUACAAUAUAUAUAUAUAUAUAUAUAAAAAAAAACCAGAUAAAAAAGUUGUACAGUUAAAUGUUACCUCAUGUGCUCUUUCCUACAGUGGGAACACUAGGACUGUGUUCAGAUCUAGUAAACUUAAAUUGGAAAAUUU